UAUGAACGACCACUUUUUUCUACUCUUUAGGUUAUGCCAGAAUCUUUAGAAUUACCAGCGCUAUAUGCGCCUCACCACAGAGUACUUAUUAUUUGGAAUACUACUGCAGGCUUAUCGUCCCAGCACCAAAAAGCUAUAGGAAGAUUCCAGAGGAGGCUACCCAGAGUUCCGCUGGACCAGAGAGCAAAGGGGAGCUGGAGAGGGGAGAGAGUGGAGGCGGAACUGGAGCGAGAUAGGAGGCCUCCCCCCAGGGAAGCCCCGCCCUACUGUAGAAGUGCAGUGACUGCCGUCUGUGAUGAACUUUCAUGAAGCCGCACACGGAAGCUGACGUUCACAGUCAGCAGGAGAAACCACUGCAGACCCAGGACAACAGAGGAGCUGGGUAAUCCUCAAUCACUGGAGACCUACCCACGCCUUGUCCCAAAUAACAUCCCACAUCAGCCAGCCUCAUACCUGUCACCAGCAAUGUCCAGUCGCAGGAAGUCAUCCACCCCAUGCAUGAUCCGGGUUAGUGACGUGAUGGAGCAGGAUAUCUCUGAACAAAUGGAUGUGUCCACUGAUCAUAUGAACAGAAGUGGGUCUUCAGAGUCUUUGGAAAGUCAAGACCAGCGGUUACAAGACACUAGAAAAGAGACAGGAAGUGAGAUUGAGGCACAUGUCCCGGCGGGAGCUGACCCUGUGGCUAAGCGGAGGCAGCAUGUAGGUUAUGAGUGCAAAUACUGUCCCUUCUUCACACAGAACCUGAACGAAUUCAAAGAGCAUGUUGACUCCAGUCACCCCAAUGUCAUACUUAAUCCCCUCUACUUGUGUGCUGUAUGCAAUUUCAGCACCAAUAAGUUUGACUCUCUGACAGACCACAAUGAGAGCCAACACCCUGGGGAGACCAACUUUAAGUUCAAAAGGGUAAAAGGCAAUAACCAGACGAUCUUGGAGCAGACAAUCGAAGGCAAGACCAAUUCAGUUGCUUGUGAUACUGCAGAUGGACUUGGUGGGAACGGCUUUGUUACAUUUCCUUUGAGCAAACCAACCACGGGAAAGUUAAGCAAUCGAAUUAUGGACAACAUACAGUCCCUCUACCAAGAGAAUAAUUUGGUGAACCAGUUGGAAAACAUAAUCCCAAAAGAACAAAUUACAUCUGUAAACAUAAAUGGCACAAUGAUCAUACCUGAUCCACCCAUUAUUCAAGGACUCUCGUAUGUAAUGCCAUUGCUCCAACGACCACCCAACUUCACGUCUUUACCAAAAAUUGCUGUUCCUUUGAACUCCACCAAAUAUAAUCAUUCACUGGACAAUAACGUAACCCUGAUGACGUCUUUCAAUAAAUUCCCUUACCCAACCCAUGCUGAACUGUCUUGGCUCACUGCUGAGUCCAAACACACAGAGGAUCAAAUAAAGGUGUGGUUCACUACCCAACGGCUAAAACAAGGCAUCACCUGGUCACCAGAGGAAGUGGAGGAAGCCAGAAAGAAAAUGUUCAAUGGCUCCAUCCCACCCAUGCAUCAGACCUUCACCGUUCUGCCAACCCCGGUCUCUCAGCCUGCCAAAGCCACCCAGCCACUUAUUCAGAGUAGCUUUGGGCAGCCUGGUCUAGUGCUGACAAGUAUUGCUAAUGGGUCAUCCAUGACCUGUGCUCCUGUUGCUGUGACUGUAGCCAGUUAUGUACAAGCUCUUAAGCGACCAUUGAUGACUACUUCAUUUGCCCCAGGAUUAAAACGCUCCAUGGCGGCCCCUGCAGAAGACCCAAAAGAAAAGAUACUAAUGGCCCCUCCACCAGUUCCUCCAAAGGAACGGCUUCCCAUGGCCCCACCCCCAGUGCCCCCUGAAAUUAAGCGAUCUGUAGCUUCUCCUAUUAUCACCUCUGAAAUUAAGAGGUCUUCAGCAGCACCUCUCAUGGCACCUCAAGGAAAAGUUCCCAUGGCAAAUUCCCUUGUUAUCUCCAAAAACAUGCUGCCAGUGGCAUCUUCUCAAGUCUUCCCUGAGAUGAAGAGACCUAUUGUCACUCCUCAAUUCAAGAGUUAUAUGCUGCCUCCUCCUUUAUUACCUUCCAAAGACAAGCUUCCAAUCAGCCACUCUCUCUUGGCUCCAGACUUAAAGUUACCAAUCUCACCUUCUCUGAUUGUACCUCAAGUGAGGAGGCCAACAAUAAUCCAGUCAGUACGGACUCCCCUCAAGGGCCCAUGCCAGCUCCCUUGCCUUUCCCUAGAUGGCAAGAAAAGUAAAGUGGAUACAGAGCUGAAUUCCGGAUAUAUCAGAGAACGGCUUUCAGAUGACAAAGUGCUUACCCCUCUCGGGGAAGCCAAUGGUGUGCCUCGUGGGAAUGCACACAACAGCAUUCUGCAGUCAAACAAUGAGCUUGCAAUGAAACCAGAACAGCAAAAAUCUGUUCCUACUCAAUUUCCACUCUUGGAGAGAAUGAAAGGGAAGACUUCUGAGCAGCUUAAGAUUUUAGAAGAGAACUUCCAGAGAAACAGCUUUCCAACCCACAAUGACAUUGACAGUCUUGUAACUACUACGCAACUGUCAAGGGAGGAAAUUGACAGCUGGUUUGUAGAGCGACGGGCACUGCGUGACAACCUAGAAAAAGCUCUUUUAAACUCGAUUGGUUCAAAGAGAAUACAUUUCGAUAAGCCGCAACAACACGGACCAGCUAAUGGUGUGCACAAACAGGUUGACCAUCCAAGAACAUCUCCCCUUCCCAUCGUUGCCCCCAACACCACUUGCUCAGUACCUCUAGACAGCAAAUCAUUGGGGCUACUCAAGGAUGUGUUUGCACAAACUCUAUGGCCUUCCCCUGAAGAAUACAUUCAGCUUGAGGCCCAGACAGGGCUGGCUCGCACAGAAAUUGUGCGCUGGUUUAAGGAAAACCGGUCAGCCCUGAAGAAUGGGACCUUGGAGUGGAUGGAGCUUUUCCAUAAACUGAACAGCGGCGGGCAAAAUGGCCAUGGGGCACUACUGAGCACGGAGAAUACAUUCAGCAUUAUCCAGCGCUGCCAGGACGUGCAGGCAGCCAAGGUAGAGGAUAUUGGGAGACUGAUGGAGCAGGGCAGUCUCAGCAGCCAAGAAAUCAAGGACUGGUUUGCCAGCAAAUUAAGACAAAAUACAUCUGAUAUCACUCGGAUUGGUGGCGAAAAUGGAGGCUCCCGAGAAGGGUUUGGGAGCUGGAUGGAGGAAACCAGGGUGAUGGAUGCUCGAAUGGGUGCUCAGGACCUGGUCUUGGACAAAGACAGGGGGAUAGAGGAUUCUUCUGGAAGGGUUACUGGCUAAAUGGUGAGAUCGGUUGUUGCUAUCAGUUGCACGCUGGAGCUGAAAAGAAAAGGAAAGAGUUUAAUUAUUGAAUAUUGUCUCUGAACAAAUUAUUUAAUGCUUGUUCCAUCCCAGUUUCUGCCCAACAUUUCCUCAAGGUUGAGCUUACUUUGUCAGAUGUUUUCAAAAGCACUGUGUUAACGUUGUGCUUGACUUAGGAUGUGCCUGAUGUGCUGACCAGGUGGGGGAUCAUCGAGUGCCAAAGCUGGAUUUGCUGCAUUAUUACACUUUUAAAAAAAGGGUUCUUGUAAAUAUAUUUUUUCUGUAUUGCUACAGAUUUGUACAAUUUUGGGGACAUUUUGUUACAUUUUGUAAUGGGAGCAACUUUCCCCUUUUUUCGCUCCAGCUGGUCCUAGGAAGGUCUGGCCUACAUUUUGUAAUGAGACUAUGAACCACUACAACCGUUGGCAAUACUUCAGUCAGUUUUCCAAUGCUGAACUUUCAUUGCAGUUCCCUCAUGUCAGGUGGACUUACUUCACAUCAAAUAAAACUAUUUACUGUACUGAAGUGCUAUUGUACUCGUUAAACUCAAACGCUAACCUGCAUUCUUGUAAGGUGGUUACAAGAACUUGUAUGACCAAGUGAUGUUGUGGGUCUGUGUAAGAGAAAAUAAAAGGUCAGUGGCAUAACCAGAAAGAAAUCAUCAUAAAUCCAGAAUCUAAACUCUGGUUCAUGUAAACUGCAUCAUAUUCUAAUCUAUUUCUCUAUUUGAUUUAUUUGUUGUCCUACAAAUGAACAUACACAUUGGUGAUAGCCUUUAUACAUAUGUACAUGUUGGCCUAAUAGGAGUAGUGCUAGUUCCAUUCCAACAGUAGAAACAAACCGAUACAAGAUCUUUGUGCCGCUUCAGCUGUAGUGUCAUGGUCAAGACAUAUAUCAAAAUACACUGUACUAUACAAGGUCCUGCUUACUCUUUUUCAAAAACCAGUUGAUGUCUGCUGUAAUCCAAUAAAACAGUCUUUUGAAGGUAA